AUGUCGGGCGGUGGCGGCGUGGUGUGCCCGCCGCCGGAGCUGGGUUUCGGCGGGCAGUACUACUCGGUGGUGGACGGGGUCUGCAGCCGCGACGAGAGCUUCUUCGGCGGCAAGCCGGUGCUGACGCAGGCCGUCGGGUACGCCGUCGUCCUCGGCUUCGGCGCCUUCUUCGCGCUCUUCACUUCCUUCCUGGUGUGGCUGGAGAAACGCUACGUCGGCGGGUCGCAGCUGCAGACGUCGGAGUGGUUCAACACCGCCGGCCGGAGCGUGAAGACGGGGCUGAUCGCCAGCGUGAUCGUGUCGCAGUGGACGUGGGCGGCGACCAUCCUGCAGAGCUCCAACGUGGCGUGGCAGUACGGCGUGAGCGGGCCCUUCUGGUACGCCAGCGGCGCCACCGUGCAGGUGCUCCUCUUCGGGGUCAUGGCCAUCGAGAUCAAGCGCAAGGCGCCCAACGCGCACACCGUCUGCGAGAUCGUCAGGGCCCGGUGGGGCGCCCGCGCGCACCUCGUCUUCCUCGCCUUCUGCCUCGCCACCAACGUCAUCGUCACCGCCAUGCUGCUGCUCGGCGGCUCCGCCGUCGUGCACGCGCUCACCGGCGUCAACGUCUACGCCGCCAGCUUCCUCAUCCCGCUCGGCGUCAUCGUGUACACGCUCGCCGGCGGGCUCAAGGCCACUUUCCUCGCCAGCUACAUCCACUCCGUCGUCGUGCACGCCGUGCUCCUCGUCUUCGUCUUCCUCGUCUACACCUCCAGCAGCAGCCUCGGCAGCCCCAAGGUGGUGUACGAGCGCCUCCUGGUUGUCGCCAGCGCCGCCAGGGACUGCUCCGGCGACCUCUCGCGCUCUGGUCAGUCUUGCGGCCCCGUCCACGGCAACCUCAAGGGUUCCUACCUCACCAUGCUCAGCUCCGGCGGCCUCGUCUUCGGCAUCAUCAACAUCGUCGGCAAUUUCGGCACCGUCUUCGUCGACAACGUAAGGGUACUGGAUGAGCGCGAUCGCCGCUCGGCCGUCGUCGACGCACAAGGGGUACCUGCUGGGCGGCCUGGUGUGGUUCGCGGUGCCAUUCUCGCUGGCAACAUCGCUCGGCCUCGGCGCGCUCGCCCUCGACCUCCCCAUCACCGCGGCGGAGGCGGCAAAGGGCCUCGUCCCGCCGGCCACCGCCACCGCGCUCAUGGGCAAGCCCGGCUCCGUCCUCCUCCUCACGAUGCUCUUCAUGGCCGUCACCUCCGCUGGCUCCGCAGAGCUCGUCGCCGUCUCCUCCCUCUUCACCUACGACAUCUACCGCACCUACGUCAACCCGGGCGCCUCCGGUAA